AUGGCACCUUCUACGCCCACACGGAGCCAAGGCUCUACCGGAGCGCUGACGCGGGGCCUCGGCAUGAUGUCGCUCGAGUCGCCCCUGGCCGAUGUGCCAACCAACAUCCGCUCGCGGCUCACCGCCUCGCCGCUGCACCUCGGCGGCAAGGGACUGCGCACAGGUGCGCCUGCGGCGAGCACGAGGCGCGAUAAAGAAGACCUGUUCCCUGGUGUGCCUGGAGACAUGGAAAUGCGCGGCGUCGUGGCCAAGGACUGGGACGGCCCCGAUGUGAAUCUCACGCGGCGCCGCGGCUCGGCGAUGGUGUCGCGCGGUGACCGCUAUAUCCCGAACCGCGACCUGCUGCGCACAGGGGGCACGACGCCGUUUCUCGAGGACAGCGCAGGCGAUACCCUCUCGCGGCGGAGCAGCUCCGAGACCACGGCGAGCUCGAGCGACUCGCACGCCGCCGCCGACCUGGAGCCGGCGCCUGCGCUGGAGGGCGUGUGCCAGGUGGACCUCGGGCAGCGCAUCCUGUCGUUUUCCGCGGUGCCGCCGAGUGCGUCGCAUGCGAAGGACCUGCGUGCGCGCUAUGCACCGAAGCCAAAGAGCACGCUGCCCAGCAGCCUCCUUGCGGCGGGCCGGCGGCGCGUUCCCACAGCGCCCGAGCGCGUGCUGGAUGCGCCGGCGAUCGUGCCUGACUUUUACGUGAACCUGCUCCACUGGUCGUCGCAGAAUAUGAUUGCCAUCGCACUGCAGUCGGCCGUGUACGCGUGGAACAGCGAGACGGGCGAGACGCAGAUGCUCAUGGACCUCGACGACGAGAAUGAGCGCGUGGGCGGCGGCGGACUCGUUACGAGCCUGCAGUGGGAUGCGCACGGCAACAUUCUGGCGAUCGGCACGGAUCGUGGCUAUACCCAGAUCUGGGACGCGGCGCGUGGCGCGCGGCUCCGCACGCUGCGUCCCAGCGCCGAGGGCGGCGCCGACGCCGCUGCGGUGAAUGUGGCGGCCUGGGCCGUCGACGGCACACUGAGCCUCGGCUAUGCGAGCGGGCUCCUGCGCGAGCACGACGUGCGGCAGCGGGCCAGCGAGACGCGCUCGCUCGAGCAUGCACAUGCGGCGCAAGUCUGUGGCCUGAGCUGGCGCGAGGACAGUGCGCUGCUGGCCAGCGGCGGCAACGACAACGUCGUCAAGGUGUGGGACCGUCGCACGCAUGUGCCCAAGAUGCGCAAGGAGAACCACCGCGCGGCCGUCAAGGCCCUCGCGUGGUCGCCCCAUAACAGCAGCUUGCUGGCCACCGGCGGCGGCAGUGCCGACCGGUGCAUCCACUUUUGGAAUACGACGCAAAACACGCGUGUGCAGACGAUCCAGACGGGCGCGCAAAUCACGUCGCUGCAGUGGGCGCCGCACUACCGCGAGAUUGUCUCGGCGCACGGUGUGAGCCAAGCCGAGAACGGCACCGGCGCCCUGUGCAUCUGGGCCCACCCAUCGGGCCAGAAGGUCGCGGACGUGCCGGGCGCCCACGACGGCCGCAUCCUGCACUCGAGCCUGAGCCCAGAUGGCCAGACGCUCGCGACGGUCGGCAGCGACGAGAGCCUCAAGUUCUGGCGCCUGUUUGAGCAGACGGCCGACUCGGCGAAGGCCGCCCAGCAGCGGGGCGUGCUGAGUGGCUACAAGGGGUUGGCACGCACCGCGCCAGCGCGGUCCCUCCGCUAG